AUGGCAUCUCAAUUAGACGAGCAUUAUAUUCGAACAAAUGUUGAGUGGUCUCAACUGCCAGCUGAUGUUAAACAAAAAUGCGGUUGGAAUACAGAGAAGGAAUAUGAUAAGGCGGUUUUUGCCUUUUCAAUCAAACACCAACUUCGAUAUAAAGGAAAUCUCGUUCGAAAAGUUCAUAAAGAUUCUCGAAAGUACUACGAUGAACUUUUGCGUUAUAGUCGUGAGCAUUUGAUGAUAUUCCCGUAUCAUCUGUCUGAGAUCUAUGUCAAAGGUUUACGUAUGACAUCGUUCUCUUACUAUAUUGAUAUUAUUAGUGAUUUAAUUCUUCAAGAGAAAUCUUAUGAUACAUUGCCGAAUUUUACAGCUGCGGAUUGUCUUCGUUUGCUUGGCAUUGGUCGAAAUCAAUACAUUGAAUUGAUCAAUCAAUCUCGAACGAUUCUACAAGCAGCAAAGAAGAAAAUGUUCUUGAAUUUAUCUAGUUGGAAAACUCCUGCUUCUAUCCGUCAUCUGUUACCUUCCCAACCUGUCGAUUCCGUUCGUAUUCAGCCAUGGUGGGUGAUAAGCUUAGGUUGCGUAACCGAUGACGAUGUCAAACAGUGCACUAGUGAAGAGAAACUAAUCAUUGACUAUCUGAUCGACGAACGAUCAUCUAAAUUAGCUGGUGAAUUGAACUACGAUGCUGUGCAUUCUCUCUAUCGAAAAGGUUUAAUCUAUCUGGAUGUACCAGUUUCCGAAGAUGAUUUUAUACAAGUUCCACCAUUAGGUUCAGGUUUUGUUAUGAACCGAAUUGUCGGCGAUUAUUUUGAGGUAUUACUUUACAAAUUGUUUGUUUCGACCGAUGAACACACGAAUGUCGGAGAGUUAUCUCGAAUAUUAACAUUAGAUAUUGAGUUAGUUAAACAAACGAUGUCCAUGUUUUUACGCUUGGGCUUUGCUCGAAAGAAGAAUCUUGAAAAUGAUUAUGGCAUUAUUCAUACGUCAUGGAAGCAUUUCUCCACCACAUCAGGUUUACAAUCGCCACCGCCGCCGAAGGAAUUAAAAUUGACGUCACCAGUUCUAGAUAAAAGAGUAUCUGAAUGGAAAAAAGAUUUAGAAUUAGAUACAUCAUUUAUCGAAGAUGAUACAACUUCACUCAACCUCACUGAUGAAGUGAAAUCUUUAUCCUCGCCGACAAGUGCUACAACACCUGAUCAACUGUCGGCGUCAAUAAUAAGUUCAACAUUGAAACAAAAACGUAUUGGAUUUUUAUUUGAUUCAUCGUUAACUGCAUUUUUAAUGAUGGGAAAUCUUUCUCCAAAUCUAAAAACUCACGCUGUAACCAUGUUCGAAGUUGGUAAACUAGCUGAUGAAAUUCUCGGAUCAUUUCUCCAAGAAUUAGAAAGAAUAUCCCCAAUAUCGCAAUCGUCAAUGAAGUCACCGGAUGAUGAAAAUCAGAGUGAAGGCGAAGCUGAUCGAUAUUUUCUACACGCACGCGUCCUCUAUCAAACAAUAUCUUUUUUACGUUUAAAUAACGAUCUAUUCGAUGAAGAGAAUGGCGGUCUAGGAGUUGAUUUACUUCGUUAUGAAAGUUUGUCGAGUCUUGAUUCUACCACUCGUCAACGUCUUAUCGAACGAAAUUAUCAUAUUUUGAUAUCAAUGGCACCGGUCAGUGCUGAAACAUUCUAUUCUCCAUUCAAUUCCAUUGAUUUUCUUGGACCAUUUUUGCAAGAGAUGAACAGUGUCUGGAUGAAGCUCUUUAUUUACAGUGUAACAAAAUCGGGACCAGCAUCAUUGUUAUUACCUAAAGGUUAUCGAUUAAAUGUUUUACCUGAUUGUUUGAAAGUUUUUGAUAAAUUCUUGGUUACAACCUGGAAUCACGAACCCACAUACAUAUCUAAUGUGAACAUUUUGUUGAGUAUCAACGAAGCAUUGCUUCAUUCAGCUGUACUUCUACAGGGAUUUUACUAUGGCAAUAGCAAUGAUUUUAAAGAAGAAUAUCAACAGAUUCGCCAUAUACCAUUUCCAUGGGAACACGCGGAAAAACAUUCCGGAUUAGGAAAAUUAGCAUCAUCAGUAGACCUAAAAAACACCUGCGGUUACGUAUCAAUGCUAACAUUGUCAUCGAAUGAUUCCGAAGAGGUUCUAUUGGAUAUUAGAUUCGGUAUUCCAUUGUUUGAUGAGAAGAUCAGCGAGACAAUUCGAAGUGGAAUUGUGAAGCAUAAACUAUGUUCGAAAGAUAAAGUACAAGAACGAAUGAAGAGUAUUCGAGCACUUUCAAUCAGUUUAGUGGCAUUCAUCGAACGCUUUCAGCAAUCAGAUUCUUCCUCGUGCAAUAUGCCAAUGCGUCAUUCGUCCAAUGGUAUACGUUCGACUUGUUUACCUCAACGGCCUAUUCUUUUCGAUGGUGAAAAUCUCACAACGAUUGGCGCAUCGGCGAGUUCAUAG